AUGGCUGAUAAAGCCCAAGACGAAGCGGAAAGGGUCGCUUUAAAUCCAUCCUCAGGAGAAGGCACCGCUCCCAAAGAUAAUGUGCGAGGAGGGAAGCCAGGAAUAUGGCAGUCAGGAAAAAACUGCUUUUCGUACUUCUCCACCCUCAGCGUCUUCACGAUCACCACUCUACUUAUGAUUCCUGGCCUCGCUCUUGCGUGCUAUCAUCAAAGAGCACUUCAACUCCUUACGCUCACUACUACAUCCACUGCUCCUAGUAGAGUUGGUGGAGGGUUGAAUGUAACAAAUGGAGAUGGAGAUAAUCUCACCUAUAAGAUAUAUCUAUGGUAUUAUUGUAUCUCGGGAGUUACUGCUAGAUAUGGCAAUCUUGUGAACAUAACGGAUAGAUGCCAUCAGUCAAGACAAGCAUUAACUUAUCACAUUCUCCCCACCCUUAACUCGACCUUUACACCUCCGCUUCCUGGAUACGAUGCCUCUGGUCCUAUCAUGUCGAUAAACAAUCUCUUUCAGAACUACGCGUAUCCGGCUUUCGCCUCCUACGUCGCCGCCAUUCUUCUUCUAAUCAUAUUUGCCAGUCUUUUUAACUGGUGGUUCGGUGCUACCGCUACGUCACAUAAGAAAACCCUUAUGCUCGCACUUUCCAUCUUCACAGGUUGUUUCGCCACGCUUGCAGCACUCCAAACCUUUCUCUGCUACCAGACCAUCUACAUCCUCAAUCACACCAUGGAACAUUCCAAAUCCACUCUAAACAUAUCCAUUACACCCGGUUUUCUCUAUCUCAUCAUCAUCCAUAUCUUCUGGAUCAUCCUCCUUCUCAACAUCUCCAUCAUCCCCAUCUCAACAUGCAUCAAGCGCCGCCGCGCGAAGCGACAACUCCAAGCCCUAGAAGCCGAUGCACACGAGCUCAAAGAAAACGAAACUUUAAACAGCGACACUAAAGUUCGUAGUACUCCAGCGGAGCCUGCUGAUUCGGAGUCCAGUGAUGAUGGUUAUGACAUGCCUCCUCGUGGUGCGCCUCAAUAUAGUGUGCCUAUAUAUCCUCAUCCCGGUAUGCAGAAUCAGGGAUAUUAUGGUCAUGGCUAUGGUGCGCAAAUGCCCAUGCUUGAUCCCAUGCAGGACAGGAUGUAUCAACCGCAGUCUGGAAGACGCAAGAACAAGGGGAAGCGAGAACAAGGAAGGGAUCAGGAAGUGUAA